UUCCUAAAUCUGUGAUUUUCUCUCCCUUUUUGCUUUUCCAGUGAAUUGUGUGAUCCUUUCUGCCAAUGGACAACUCAGCAUUUGAAAUACAUGAAGAUGGAGCACAGAAUACUCGGUCUGUGGGAAAGAUAAGCACCAUAUCCAGAAUGGAAAAGAAGAAGCCAUGGUCAUUGAUGAAGAUUUUCCUUAUGUGUCUCUUGGCCUGCUUUAUCACCACAGCAAUAGGAGUACUGAUUGUCUCCUUGGUUUACGUUAACUCCCAGCCUCGCUUAAAUGUUCAGCUUCAACCUGCUUGGUCAACCAGAACAACAGCAGUUCUCAACGUACAGAAGGCUGUUGAUCCCAAAUUCCAGUUUCUUAACCAUUUACCUAAGUCAAAGGUGUUUGAGUUCCCUGGUGGUGCGAUCCAGUGGGCCCGGUAUAGGAACAAUAUCAAAGACUAUGUCAGUGAUGAAGAAGAGGCCUUUGGCACCAGCUUGAACAGUCAGAGAUCACAGAUGACUCUGGGUACCCUGAGAAUAAAGAGCAAGGGCCUCCGGGCCCCUCACUGGCACUUCAAUGCCAAUGAACAUGGCUAUCUGGUACAGGGCACAGCAUGGAUUGGGGUGGUAGAUGAUGGUGGUGAAGUAGCUACCACAUACAAUGUCACAGCUGGCCAAGUAAUCUUCUUCCCUAAAAAUACACUGCACUGGGUAAAGAAUGUGGGUAAUGAAGACUGCUUUUUCCUGCUCUUCUUUUCUACACAUGAUGAACUUCAGACUCUGGAUGUUGAUGAUGUAUUUUUCUCUACACCUGAAGACAUUGCUUCCAGGUCUCUUAAGCCUGAAGGUGGAGUUAAUUUCAUUAGGAAAUUUCAUAAGCAAACAGAAGACCAGGGGAUUAAUCUUCCUCACAACCUGGCAGAGCUGGUUAUGAAUGCUAGUUAUGUACAGUCUCCAGAUAACCUUGUAUGGAGAUACUUUUUUGACCUUAAAGGUUCAAAAGAAUAUCGGUUUCCAGGUGGAGUGAUACAAAUGGCACAUUAUUUGAAGAAUGGAAAUGAACUAAGCAACAAUGAAAAAAUUUUCAGUGAGUUCCUCAAUGAGCAUGAGAAUGCUCUCAGUUUGAGUACACUCAGAAUUUAUAACAAUGGAUUACGACAACCACAUUUUCAUUUUAAUGCUAAUGAAAUGGGAUAUGUAUUGAGUGGUUGUGGAAAGGUAGGUAUUAUCAGUACUCAGGGUACUGUAGAAUUUAACAUCCACAUUGGAGAUGUGAUAUUUUUCCCCAUUGGAACCCAGCAUUACAUUAAGAGCACAUGUGAUGAGGAUUUGCUUUUCAUUCUUGCCUUCAGCACCAGAGACAAGCUGCAAACCCUUGAUAUGGAUGAUUAUAUCCAGGCCACGGCGGACCACAUCUUAGCCCAACUUUUCUUAAGGAAACAAAGUGAGUUUAAGAAGAUUCCCAAAUUCAAGGAGGACCAAGCAAUCAACCUACCUUAGAGUUAUCUAUGAAUAUUGAAUUCUCUAUUGGUUGCUGCUAAUGAACUAUGUGGGAUGGGACAUGUCAUACAAAACAGCCCUGUGGGCCUGGUUAGCUGAUAGUAUGGACUUUAGUAUAUGUAUAUAAACAUAUAUUUGUGUAUUUUCCAUUUGUAACUUUAAAUGUAUUGCUCCAAUGUAAAAUAUGUAAAUGCAUUCUUCCUAUGCAUAUACUAAAACUUAAUACCUGUAAAUGUUUUUGACUUCAUCAAUGUAAAAGGAAAUAUAUCAGUUUGUAUGAGUACAUAUUGAAACAAUGGAAUCCACAUACAUCAAACCUUGUCUGAGGAGUUAUUAAGUCCUGGACUAGGGAUUAUCAACACUUUUUUUUGGUAUGGGAUACUUUUUACAAUACCAACAUCUUAAAAAACUGUUAUAGCAGUAGUUACUUAUUGUGUAUGAGCUAAGAAGAUAUUUAAUGAUAAGCCAAUUAUGAAUUUGAUAUGAUCUUUGAAUAUGUUUAGAUUUUAUAUAUCACCUCAUAAUCUAUUUACAUUUGAGAAAUAGUCAUCCCCAUGUUUGAGAAGUACGUAGUUUAUGUAGUCUUUUGGUAUUGCUAGCUGAGAAUGUGCAUUCAAGAUUUCAUUCUGAAGCUUGUUGGGGCUGACAGUCUCAAAGUUGGGUCACUGUGUUAAGUAGAAAAUAAUCUAUUUAAAUAUAAUCUGUGCUUGAUUUUUGUUUAUAAUUUAUUUUAUUAGGUGUUUGGUAUCCUAGCAGUAUGCUAAGUUCAACAGUCAGUGCUAGCAUAAACUAUAUGAAAUUCUGAAGGAAGAUAUUUGUGAAAGCAGGUCACUGUGGCUUGAAGGGAGGGGCCUAGUGGUAAGAUAUGAGACAUGAGAUUGGAGAAGAGGGGAGAAAUCAAAUGGUAAAUAGUCUAUUACCCCUUGGAAACUUCUUAUUGUGAAUUUAUCUGGUUUCCCUCUUUUAGGAGGGCUAACCAAUGUAAAAAUUUGGUAGCAGUGGGAAGUUUGUGAUGGUUGUACUAUUUUGAAGAGACUUUGUAGGGAAUGGGUUAUUCAAUGGGAAGACAAAUAUGGUUGAGAAGAUGCAGUGACCAGCACAUAGAUAUAUGGAAGAGGGUAUCCAUAUAGAGGGGAAAUAGUUAUAAAAGGUGGAUGACAAUGUGAGAGAUGGAUUUUUAUCUAUAACAUGUUUUACUUUGGGAUUUUAAGAAAUGUACUGUAUGUUCAUAAUCUAUUUUUCUUGUAUCAGGAACUAUUGUAUCAGA